CGACAAGUGGAACACCACACCGGUGAUAGUGGGCAUUGAUCCGGAGCUCACGUACAUCACAAAUGAGCCAUUUCCGGCCGUCACAAUUUGCAAUCUAAACCAGGCCUUGGCCAGCAGGGUCGCGACCCUGGCCACUGACUCGGCCGCUUAUGCGAUGCUGCAGGUGUUAUGCCGUCGCAGGGUGGAUGUUCAGCGGGUCACAGAGGAUCGGGCCAACUGGGAAGAGUUCAUAAUGAAUAUAUCGCAGCCAUGCCAAUCGAUGGUCAUCGGUUGUCGCUUCGGCGCCGACGAUUAUGAAUGUGCGAGAAUGUUUUAUCCAAUUGUCACCGAUGAGGGCCUGUGCUGUGUUUUUAACAUGCUGCAUCCACGCUUCAUGUACAAAAGCAGCGCUUCAUUUUCCCAACGAAAUAUGACCUUACCCAAAGACUUUCAGGCUGUCAAUUGGCAUGCGGAGCUGGGUUACAGGCGGGGCCAGUAUCCAGGCAGUCUGCUGUAUCCGCGCCCAGCCCAAGGCACAGGCGAGUCCCUGGGACUGUCUCUGACGCUGGACGUACAGGCCGAUGCCUACUACUGCUCAUCAUCAAGCAGCAUUGGCUUCAAGGUCGCCCUGCACAGUCCCAACGAGUCGCCCAAUGUGCGCGAGACGGGCGUCCUGCUGGCACCCGGCAUGGAGACGAAACUUCGCAUAGAUCCGGCCAAAAUUCGCACAGAAAAUCAUCUGCGACGCGUGCACCGCAAGUACAGGCGAUGUCUGUUCCGCAACGAGCUGAAGCUGCGUUGGUUUGCCCAUUAUACGCAGCGCAACUGCGCCGCCGAAUGCCUGUCGAGGCUGCUGCUGCUUCACUGUGGCUGUGUCUCCUUCUACAUGCCGCGCCUGCACCGCAACGACAGCAUCUGCUCGGUGGGGCAGCGGAAGUGCGUGGAGCGGAUACGCUUGGGCACGAUUGAGGCAAUGGAGUCUUGCCUCGACGAGUGCCUGCCCAGCUGCUUCGAUCUGACCUUCAACACGAUCACCUACUCGACGAAGAUCUCGCACGACGGCUUCGACGUGACCAACCCGAAUGUCAGUCUCAACUUCACCGAUGCCUACGUGGAGCGCAGCAUUGCGGUGGUCAACAUGUACUUUAAGGACCAGACAUAUCGGGCCAGCAAGCAGACAGAGUUCAUUGGCUUCUCGGACUUUUUGUCUAAUGUUGGUGGUCUCAUGGGCCUGUUCCUGGGCUUCAGCUUCCUCUCCAUAGCCGAGUGUGUGUACUUUGCCUUGAUACGACCCUGUCGCACCUGCUCCGAGCUGAGGCAACAGCAGCCGACAACAGCGGCGAUUCAUGCACGGGCAAACAGAGUUUUUGGUGCUGGAAAUAUCAAUUAUAUUUCACCAUCCAAAUGGUUUCAAACCGAGUUGGCUCGUCCCAGAGGGCUCAACUACAACUACAAUCGUCAUCCCGCUUAGGAUUAAACAUUA